AAGGAAUCCCUCUUUUUCUCCUGGAUUUGUGGAUGCACCGAUGAGAGAUCCAGCCUUCCCGGGGACUGCAAUGGCUUACCACCCCUUCCACGCACCCAGGCCGGCCGACUUCCCUAUGUCUGCUUUCCUAGCAGCCGCCCAGCCCUCCUUUUUCCCCGCUCUGGCUCUGCCGCCGGCGGCGCUGGCCAAGCCCAUGCCGGACCCCAGCCUGGCCGGGGCGGCCGAGGCCGGGCUGCACGUCUCGGCGCUCGGCCACCACCACCAGGCCGCCCAUCUGCGCUCCCUCAAGAGCCUGGAACCCGAGGAGGAGGUGGAGGACGACCCCAAAGUGACGCUGGAAGCCAAGGAGCUUUGGGACCAGUUUCACAAGCUGGGCACCGAGAUGGUGAUCACCAAGUCGGGAAGGAGGAUGUUCCCCCCGUUCAAGGUGCGGGUCAGCGGCCUGGACAAGAAGGCCAAGUACAUUUUGCUCAUGGAUAUAGUCGCUGCCGACGACUGCCGGUACAAGUUCCACAACUCCCGCUGGAUGGUGGCGGGCAAGGCCGACCCCGAGAUGCCCAAGCGCAUGUACAUCCACCCCGACAGCCCGGCCACGGGCGAGCAGUGGAUGGCCAAGCCGGUCGCCUUUCACAAGCUCAAGCUCACCAAUAACAUCUCGGACAAGCACGGCUUUACCAUCCUGAACUCGAUGCACAAGUACCAGCCCCGCUUCCACAUCGUGCGGGCCAAUGACAUCCUCAAGCUGCCCUACAGCACCUUCCGCACCUACGUGUUCCCCGAGACUGACUUCAUCGCUGUUACCGCCUACCAGAACGACAAGAUCACGCAGCUCAAAAUCGACAACAACCCCUUCGCCAAAGGCUUUCGCGACACGGGCAAUGGCCGGCGGGAGAAGAGGAAGCAGCUGUCGCUGCCGUCGCUGCGGAUGUACGAGGAGCCCUGCAAGCCCGAGCGCGACGGCGGCGAGUCGGACGCCUCCUCGUGCGAGCCGGCGGCGGGGCGCGACGCGCUGCACUCCCCGGGGGGAGCCGUGCCCAGCCCGCUGCGCCUCAAGGGCAGAGAGGAGAAAGCGGGAGCUGACAGCGACCAGGAGGUGGAGAAGGUGCCCGAGGAGCGGCCGGGUGGCGCAGGCAGCCCCAGCGGGGAGGACGCGACGCCCCGCGGCAGCCCCCGGUGCACUGAGGAGCGGGGCAAGGAGCGGCGCAGCCCGGACAAGGGCAAAGACGGCGUCUCACCCAAGGACGGCCCCGUCGAGGGUCUGUUCGGCUUGCGGGGCCUGGAGAAGGACAAGGUGGAAGGGCGGAGGAAAGAGUCGGAGCCGGGCAAGAAGGACACGGAGAGCRGCGGGCUGGGCAAGGAGGCCUUUGCCCCGCUCAUGGUGCACACGGACAGCCCCCCGCACCUGAGCGCCGGCCACCUGCAGAGCCURGCACUCUCGGGCCUCCACGGGCAGCAGUUUUUCAGCCCGCUGAGUGCCGGGCAGCCCCUCUUCAUCCACCCAGGACAGUUCGCCAUGGCGCCCGGCGCCUUCUCUGCCAUGGGCAUGGGACACUUGCUGGCCUCGGUGACGGGCGGCAGCAGCCUGGAGAACGGGGCCCUCUCAUCUGCCCAAGGGGCCGCGGGGGCGGCCACCCCCUUCCCGUUCCACCUCUCCCAGCACAUGCUGGCCUCUCAGGGAAUCCCGAUGCCCACCUUCGGCGGACUCUUCCCCUACCCUUACACCUACAUGGCAGCGGCGGCGGCGGCCGCCUCGGCCAUGCCAGCCAGCAGUGCCGCAGCCGCUGCGGCCGCUGCCGCAGGCACGGGGCCGCUCUCCCGCAACCCCUUCCUGGGCGGCAGCCGCCCCCGGCUGCGCUUCAGCCCCUACCAGUUGCCCGUGAGCAUUCCCCCCAGCACCAACCUGCUCACCACGGGGCUGCCCGCCGGGCUGCAGCCCACCCCCGACGGCGCCCCGGGAAGCCGCGAGCCCAGCCCGCCGCCCGACGGGGCGGCCGCGCACAAGGUGCCCGCGGGGGCAGUCGCCGCCUCCCCUAAGGGCUCGUCGCUCAAGGAGAGCCUCAACGAACUGCAGAACAUCCAGAGACUGGUGAGCGGCCUCGAGAGCCAGCGGGAGCUGUCGCCGGGCCGCGACUCCCCCAAGUGACCGGCGGGGCCGGCCGCGCGCCCGCCCCCGCGGGGCUGAUGAGCACUGGUGUUUUGUACAGCACGGCGUAAAUAUUUAUUGCGGAGUGAGGGGCUGGGGCGGAGGGAUUGCCGCCUCUGGGGAGCCUCUCCCGGGGUGGUGGAGGGGGAUGUGUGGGGCUCGCCGGUCGCCCCGUCCAGGCUGUGGGGUGGGAUAUGCACCCCCAGGGCCGUGCACUCGUGUCCCCUGUUUUAUCCAUCCCCUUCCCCUGCCAGGAGUGGAUACGGAGGCUCCCACGGCGCCGCUGGACGGGGCGGGCGCCCCCCACCUCCCGACUCCUUCCCUGGGGUGGGGAGAUGAAAAUUUCAUCUGUGCAAAGGGUGGGGGAGGCCCCGAGGCAGGAAAGGUGGGGACGGCACCGUCCCCACAGCGGUCGCAGUGUCCAGUGACAUUCAACAUUGGUACCAGGCAGCAGUGGAGCGACCUGUGUACCAGGGAAAAAAAUAUUUAUGAAAUAAAUGGUAAUUUGUGUAAAUAAGCUAUAAGGAUCCCAGAAUAUGCAAAUUGGUAUUAAUUUAUUCAGAGUUGUACAUUGGUGUGUACAUAAUAUUUAGAGUUUAACUCAUUGCAUUUAAGUUUUUUUCAUUUUACAUGAACAUAUAUAUUGUAAAUGAAAACUAUUUAGCUCUUUGUGAUUGGAGGAGAUAUUGGUUUCUUUUAACUGUGUUUUAAAAUAUUGUUUAUCCCGCCUGUUCUCUAGGACAAUCAUGUGCCAUCAGCAACACUUUUUUCUUUUUUUU